GUUUGCUACUUUGUCUUCACCGUUAAGAGGAUUGAGAGGUUUAUCAUUUUUUUCUGACUGAAAACGUGAACUUGUCUGUCACCAUCGUGAAUUAAACAUAAUUUUCGGAGAUUGUUUGAGCAUCUAAUACAAUCAUGCCAACUAUAGAAGAAGUGAACGAUGAUGCUCCAGGAAAUACUCCACCCAGUUCAUCCUCAAGCAGUAAUGCAUCAGGCAAUAACAGUAGCACUAAUGGGACCACAGGUGGACAGUCAGGAUUUGGGAAGGUGGUGGCUUACCUUACUGAAUUCAAAGUAGAUGCAGCCCUUUGGGCAUCCCGUCUUGCUACAGUUGUGUGCAGUAUCCUCUAUGUAUUCCCUCUUCUUGGACAUGCAGCUAGCCUAAGCUGCUACCAGCGAGCACUGAUCCUGAAUGGUUUGACCAGUGCCCUAAGGCUUCAUCAGCGUAUGCCACCUCUACAAUUCAACAGGAUGUACCUAGGACAGCUACUCCUGGAGGAUAGCUGCCACAAUCUCCUAUACUCACUUAUCUUCAUCAACAGCUACCCUCUUACAUUUGUGCUGACACCAGUAUUCUUGUUUGCUCUCUUGCAUGCAUCUAGCUUCACCAAGAAACUUGCCAAUAUCGCUGGACCAAACAGCAUGCCAUUGUUGCGUAGAUUGGUCGAUAAAAUCAUCUCACAUCAGGUUGACAUCCUUCGCUUCAUAGCCCUGGAUGAAAUACUCAUCAUGCCUGUUCUUAUCUUUAUGAUGGCCACUGGUCGUAUGAGUCUGAUAGCACCAUUCAUGUACUUUAGAUUCCUGACAUUCCGCUAUGCAUCAAGAAGGAAUCCAUACUGCAAACAAAUAUUCCAUGAGCUGAGGUUACGCACAGAGCAGUACUGCAGCCAGCCCAAUACACCAGCAUUCCUUAGUAAUUUCCUGACAAAGUGCAUCAACAUGUUGGGCCGCUUCGCACCUCAGGAUCAAUAUCAGCAACAGCAACAGCAGCAACAAUAGCGGCAACAAAUGCACAACAAA